GGCCAUGCAACUGUGGCAACAAGGGCUCUAUAGUACUAGAUCUAGUCUCUGCGUGGUUAUAUAUUUGUACCUAACGUGAUUGCUGUCCGCUUAUAUGGCACAUGACACUCUCUGGAGUCUGGUGAAUCAACAAGAAUUUUCGCUUUCCGUCUGCGCGCGCGUAUAGGGGACGCAGUCUGAAACUCGUACGUAGUUAUCGCCCUAGCUAACAACAACAGAACCAGUCUAUCCUCAGAUUAUAGCGCGUCCCUGAACCGGUCCCUCCCCCCGCUCCUCCUGCUGUUGCUCCCCGUAUACAAAAACAGACGCAUGUGCUCGGCGUUCGCCAUUGCAGCUGUAUCCGUGCGCGUGUGUAGCGUAACUAGCGUUUACAGGCACGAGCAGCGAGGUGGAAGAGGUGCGAAUGAAUGAAUGUAAUACGUUCGGAACACAGAAACGACCGCAACAAUGGCGGCGGAGAUCGUGACGACGGUGCUGGCGGUCACCUACAAGGUCAUCGAGAGUAUUUACAACAUCAUCGCUCGAGAGCAGAAGCGAUGCGAAGACUGCGUGCGACUGAAGCGGAAAGUGGAGUUCAUUGAGACGCUACUGAACUCGCACAGCGACAUCUUCCGGUCGGAGUCUUCAUCGUCGGCGUCGGCGUCGUCGGCGGGACAAAGAGUUAGCAAGAAGUCGAGAGGCCGCAAACAUAAAGAUCCGAGCAUGAAGAAAGCUCUCAAGAACGUGCUUAGCGCACUACGUGAAUGUGAAAGCUUCUUGCGGUAUACGUGUACGGAUAACCCCGGCUGCUGUCUGCGUCUAAAAGUGGCUCUUGGAACGACAUCGAAACGAUUUGAGCACCACUUUUCGAUGCUAGAUGACGCCACCAGUUACCUGGAACUCGCAAUCAGCUUGCGCGCAGCGUCGUCAUUGAGCGAAAUCAAGUCUGAGUUGGAAUCACAGAAUAGCGAAGUGAAAGGCCUUACAUCUAGUGUCGAAAAUCUUUCAAAGGAAGUUGGCGAUCUGCAUGGACAACAAUGCAAAAAUGUAACUGAAGAAAAACUAUAAAAAUUUGUGCUAUUUAUGAAAAAAGAGUAAAUACAUGUUUAACUACUGCUUAGACUGAUUGUAUAUUGCGUCCCAACUAUAAGUUGUGAUUACAUAAUUAUGUAUUAGUGUUUUAACCAUGUGUAUACCACAUUUUAUGUAAAAAAUAAUACAAGGUAUCUGCUUUAACCAUUGUAUAUUAGCUCGUUUAUUAUGUAUGCACUGUACUGAGUACUGUUAUGUACUUUUGGGUAUAUUCACUGCCGACGAACCUAUAACUACAAGUUUAUAAGCCAACGAAACAUCGCAUGACACAUGACGCAUGACAUAUAGCAUGACAGAUAGCCCGAGGUAUGUUGUGUUUACGUCAGUAAAGAAGGUUUCUGUGUGUCAUAUUCA